AUGAGUCGUAUAACCAACCCAGAUGUGCAGCGUCAAGCCAUCUCCGCGCUGCACACCUCCGAGCCCUCUGCAUCCUCCACCACCCCUCGCGAUGACGAUACCAUCUCCAUCCGAUCGCGUCACACACUCCGAGCCUUCUCCAGCACCGACGAGGAGGACGAUCCGUGGUCAGCCAUACCGCGCACCACCUCCGCCCCGGACUCUGCUUCUCCACUCACACUCACGCGCGAGCAACGCAAACGACUCAUCCUGCGCUCACUCCUGCAGCUGCUAGCGUUGUUCGUCGUGUGUCUCGUCGGUCUCGGUGGAACCCUCUGGCUCGCGCUCCCCGUCAUCUCCCCCGACGACAAACCCUUCUUCAAACUACCCCGCAGCUUUGAAGAUCUUCGUCAACUCAACAGCGUCCUGCAACACUACAAAUCCACCCACUUUUGGCGUGUCCUCCUCUGCUGGACUAUCAUCUACCUUUUCCUCCAAGCUUUCUCCAUUCCGGGUUCGAUGUACAUGUCCAUCCUAGCAGGUGCACUGUUCGGUGUACCACUUGCACUGCCGUUGGUGUGUACGAGUGUCGCUACGGGUGCUACGAUCUGUUACUUUAUCAGCAAGUUUUUGGGUGCGAUAUUGGUAGCGAUACCUAGUUGGAAGGCGAAAGUGGAUGAGUGGAAGGACAAGGUGGACGAGCACAGCGAAGAUUUGCUGUCGUAUCUGGUGGUGCUGAGGAUGAUGCCACUGCCACCGCACAACAUUGUCAACAUUCUCUCUCCGCACCUAGGGAUCGGAGUCGGCACCUUUUGGCUCUCGACCUUUGGUGGGAUAUUUGCGGUCAGUGUCAUCCACACGACCAUCGGUGAAAAGUUGGAUCAGAUUACGGGCGAAGAAGGUUUUACCAUGUUCACCUGGCGCAACGUCUUGCUGCUGGGAGGUGUCAUGGCUGCGGUGAUGCUACCCGUAGUUCUGCGGAGGAUGAAGCGAACGGAAGAGCAUCAAGGACAAGUCUUCCUCGACGAGACAGACCAAGACGCACAACAUCUUCCCGAUAGUUUCCGUCGAAACCUUUCUAGCGGAUUCGAAUCCGAUGAUGAUGACGACGAGUUACCGCAUAGAAGUUUGGAUACGCAUAAUAUGUCCCCCAACGACGAGAGUUUCCCCAACUGGACCAGUGACGGGAGGUCCAGUUUGGAUGAGGAACAGGAUGACGACGUGUACGGAAGAGGCGGCGUUUUCCGGGAUCGAAAUGGUGCACCGCAAGGGAACGCGGAGCAGAGGACGGGCACAGCGCAAAGGGUCAAGAAAUGGUUCGGUGGUUCGACAGGCAUGAUCUUGUGA